AUAAUUAAUCAAAUAAAGGUGAUGUUCGUUACAGAAGCGACGUGAAAAAACAAUGUUAGCUUCCCAAACGCUCGGAGGACCGUCGCGGUGCGGCCGUGUGCUAGGCCCGCCGCUCGACAAGAUCAUCAAGAACUCCGCGUGGCGGAAACACACUCAUCUCGUUUCCUCAUGCAAAUCCUCACUAGACAAGCUCGAGACCCUCUCCGACACCGGAUUGUCCGAUCCUACGUCUCCGCUGCUUGGCAUUUCGUCUGCCGACGCCAACUUCGUCCUCAACCCGAUCCAACUCGCCUUAGAAACAAAUUACGCCAAAGUCGCCGAGCCAGCCCUCGAAUGCACCUUCAAAUUGUUCUCAUUCGGCCUAUUUCGCGGCGAGAUCCAUAACAACGUAUCCAAUCCGAUCCUGUACAAGAUCGUCGAAGGUGUUUGCACAGUCGGCGGCAUCGGCGAGGAAUCGCUCGACCUCGCGGUAUUACGAGUUUUGCUUGCCGCCAUCCGAUGCCCUUGCGUUUUGGUCCGUGGUGAAUGCUUGAUUAACGUCGUUAGGACUUGUUAUAACAUAUAUUUACGCGGUUUAAGCGGGACUAAUCAGAUCUGUGCUAAGUCCGUUCUAGCGCAGAUUAUACUAAUUGUAUUCACCCGAGCGGAGGAAGAUUCCAUUGAUGUUCCGAUCAAAACGGUGUUUGUUAGUGAGCUUUUAGAGUUCAGUGAUAAGACUUUAAAUGAAGGGAGUUCGAUUUAUCAUUGCCAGAAUUUUGUUAGCGAGGUUAUGAAUGCUAGUGAAGGGGUUCCGGAUUUGAAGCUUUCGCAGCCAUGUAAGGAUCAGGAGUUGCAAAAUGUGGAGCUUAAGGUGUCAAAAUGGGAGGAGGUGGAGGAGAUUGGGGAGGAAGAGACGAAGGAAGGGGCGGAAUCGGGUUCUACUGGGAUUAGUAAAAUUAGGGAGGACGGUUUUCUUGUUUUUAAGAAUUUAUGUAAAUUGUCGAUGAAGUUUUCAUCUCAGGAGAAUGAUGAUCAGAUCCUUUUGAGAGGGAAGACGCUGUCUUUGGAGCUGCUCAAGGUUGUUAUGGAUAAUGGGGGUUCCAUUUGGCGCUCGAAUGUGAGGUUUCAUAAUGCAAUUAAGCAGUUUCUCUGCUUAUCGUUGUUAAAGAACAGUGCAUUGUCAGCGAUGACCAUUUUCCAGCUCCAGUCUUCUAUUUUUAUGAGCUUAUUAACGAAAUAUAGAACAGGGUUGAAAGAUGAAAUUGGAAUAUUCUUUCCCAUGCUCGUCCUCCGAGUUCUGGAGAAUGUUCUACAGCCAAGUUUUGUACAGAAAAUGACAGUCCUUAACCUAAUGGAAAAGAUUGCUGCAGAUUCACAGAUUAUCGUUGAUAUAUUUGUGAACUAUGACUGCGAUGUGGAUUCACCAAACAUAUUUGAAAGGAUUGUCAACGGCCUUCUGAAAACAGCUCUAGGACCGCCACCUGCUUCAACCACAACCUUGUCUCCAGUCCAGGAUAUUACUUUCCGGCAUGAAUCAAUGAAGUGUUUGGUUAGCAUCAUUAAGUCAAUGGGAAUUUGGAUGGACCAAAAGCUGGCAGUAGGUGAUUCUGUCUUGCGUAAGAGCUUCAAGAGUGACACUUCGUUAGAACGCUUUUCGAAUCUGACUGCAGAAGAUGGAACGGUCCCUGAUUAUGAGUUGCAGCAAGAAAUGAAUUCUGAAUUGUCAAAUGCUGCUACACUUGAGCAACGGCGGGCUUACAAGAUUGAACUUCAGAAAGGUGUCUCGUUGUUUAACAGGAAGCCAUCUAAAGGCAUUGAGUUUCUUAUAAACACCAAAAAGGUUGGCAACUCUCCGGAGGAGGUGUCUUCUUUUCUGAAGAAUAACACUUCUGGGCUGAAUGAAACAAUGAUUGGUGAUUAUCUGGGUGAAAGGGAGGAAUUUGCUUUGAAAGUCAUGCAUGCUUAUGUAGAUUCAUUUGAUUUCAAAUCUAUGGAUUUUGGUGAAGCAAUAAGGUUCUUCCUACAAGGCUUCAGGUUACCAGGUGAAGCGCAGAAAAUUGACCGCAUCAUGGAAAAGUUUGCUGAGCGCUAUUGUAAAUGCAAUCCUAACUCAUUUACUAGUGCAGAUACUGCAUACGUACUGGCAUAUUCUGUCAUAAUGCUCAACACUGAUGCCCAUAAUAGCAUGGUCAAGGAGAAGAUGACCAAGUCUGAUUUCAUUCGAAACAACCGAGGAAUAGAUGAUGGCAAGGAUUUACCUGAGGAGUAUCUUGGUGCUCUUUAUGAUCAGAUUGUGAAAAAUGAAAUUAAGAUGAAUGCUAAUUCUUCCGUUCCUCAAAGCAUGCAGGCGAACAGCUUAAACAAGUUACUGGGUUUGGACGGUAUACUCAAUUUGGUCAGUUGGAAGCAAGCCGACGAAAAGGCAUUGGGUGCAAACGGGCUUCUUAUUAGACAAAUCCAAGAGCAGUUUAAGGCGAAGUCAGGAAAAUCAGACUCUGUGUAUCAUUCUGUUUCAGAUGUAGCAAUCUUGAGGUUUAUGGUGGAGGUCUGCUGGGGACCCAUGCUGGCUGCAUUCAGUGUCACUCUUGACCAGAGUGACGAUAGAAUUGCUACCACCCAAUGCUUACAGGGCUUUCGACAUGCUGUUCAUGUAACUGCAGUAAUGGGAAUGCAGACACAGAGAGAUGCUUUUGUCACAUCAACGGCAAAGUUCACCUUUCUCCAUUGUGCUGCCGACAUGAAACAAAAGAAUGUUGAUGCUGUAAAAGCAAUAAUUUCUAUUGCCAUUGAAGAUGGUAACCAUCUUCAGGAAGCCUGGGAGCAUAUAUUGACAUGCCUGUCCAGAAUUGAGCAUUUGCAACUGUUGGGGGGAGAAGGUACUCCAACUGAUACAUCUAUUUUAUCUGUGCCUACCACUGAAACCGAUGAAAAGUUUCCAAAACCUGCUGUUUUUCAAUCUCUGAAGAGAAAAGGAUCACUCCAGAAUCCAGCUGUAAUGGCAGUUGUCCGAGGAGGUUCAUAUGAUAGUACCGCUGGAGUCAACAGUUCGGGACUUGUAACUCAAGAGCAGAUUAAUCACUUCAUUGCAAACUUAAAUUUAUUGGAACAGAUAGGAAGUACCGAGUUGAACCAUGUUUUCGUACAUAGCCAAAGAUUAAACAGUGAAGCCAUAGUGGCAUUUGUGAAGGCACUUUGCAAAGUUUCAAUAACAGAGUUGCAGUCUCCAACAGAACCUCGUGUGUUUAGCCUCACAAAACUCGUUGAAAUAGCGCAUUACAAUAUGAACCGCAUCAGAUUAGUUUGGUUUCGAAUAUGGAAUGUUCUCUCUGAUUUCUUUGUUUCAGUUGGCCUGUCUGAGAAUUUAUCAGUAGCAAUAUUUGUGAUGGAUUCAUUGCGGCAGCUUGCUAUGAAAUUCUUAGAACGCGAGGAGCUGGCAAAUUACAAUUUCCAGAAUGAAUUUUUGAGGCCAUUUGUGAUUGUUAUGCAAAAAAGCAACUCUGUAGAAAUAAGGGAAUUGAUAGCUCGAUAUGUUUCUCAGAUGGUACUUAGCCGCUUCAGUAGUGUGAAAUCUGGAUGGAAAAGUGUCUUUAUGGUGUUCACAGCUGCUGCUGUGGAUGAGCGGAAGUAUAUCGUCCUGAUAGCUUUCGAGACCAUGGAAAAAAUAGUUCGAGAAUACUUUCAUCAUGUAAGAGAGACAGAUGCUGCCACUUUUACCGACUGUGUAAGAUGUCUCAUCAAGUUCACAAAUAGCAGGUUUGACAGUGAUGUUAGCCUUAAUGCUAUUUCGUUUCUCCGGCUUUGUGCUGUCAAACUUGCCGAGGGAGGGCUUGUUUGCGCAGAUAAGAGCUCCGAUGACGGUUCAUACAUUUCAGUUGCAACUAAGAACAAUUCCGAUCUACAAAAUUUUGCUGAUAUGGAUGUCCAGGCAUCCUUUUGGAUUCCUUUGCUAUUAGGUUUAUCGGAACUAACAUCGGACUCGAGGUUAGCUAUCCGAAAAAGUUCCUUGGAAGUACUUUUCAAGGUCCUGAAGGAUCAUGGUCAUCUUUUCUCACGAACAUUCUGGAUUGGUGUUUUUAACUCUGCUGUUCUCCCCAUAUUUAAUGGUGCAUCUCCUGUAACACUGGGUUCACCGACUUCGAAAUCUCCUCAUUCCAAUGGAAGUCCAUGGGACCUAGAAACUAUUGCCACGGCAACACAGAGUCUUGUAGAUCUAUUUAUAAGUUUUUACGAUGUAUUGAGAUCCCAACUACCAAACCUGGUUUCUGUACUGGCAGGAUACUUAAAGAGUUCAAUACAGGGCCCUGCAAGCACCGGGGUCAUGGCAAUGUACCUUUUAACGGUAGAGUUAGGAAGCAGACUUUCGAAAGACGAAUGGCAUGGAAUCCUUCUAGCCAUAAAAGAAGCAGCCUCAGCGACAUUGCCCUGGUUUAUGAAGAUUUUGAGAACCAUGGAUGGCAUCAAGUUGCCCGAGAAUUCUGGAUCCUCUACUACUACUGAAACAAGUUCCGAGCAAGGAUUGUCCAAGGAUGACGUGGAGGAAGAUAAUCUGCAAACUGCAGCUUACGUGAUCUCGAAAAUGAAGAGUUAUAUUGCGGUCCAGCUGCUCAUCAUGCAGGUCAUAACCGAUAUGUACAAAACGAACUUAUACUUCCUGGCAUCUGCCAAUGUAAAUGUCAUCGUCGAGACAUUUUCUUCCAUUACAUCACAUGCUCAGCAACUGAACUCGGAGACCGCCCUGCAAAAGAAAAUCAAGAAGAUAUGCUCGGCAUUGGAGAUCUCCGAACCGCCUGUGGUCCACUUCGAGAGCGAGGCUUAUCAAAACUACCUCAACUUCCUCCAAGAUCUAGUCAAGAACAAUCCAUCCGCCUCUAGGGACAUGAACCUAAGAUCACUAGUGGCAGUGUGUGAAAAGAUAUUGCUGAUAUACCUCAGCUGUACCGAUUACAACUACGCGGCGGAUAAGAAAUUGGUCGAGAUGCCGGUAACUCAUUGGAUUCUCCCAUUGGGAAUAGCCAGAAAGGAGAAAAUGGCAGCUAGAACGCCUCUGCUCGUGUCGGCAUUGAAGGCCUUGAGUUGUUUGGAGAGGGAUUCAUGCAGAAAUUACAUUGCAGAUAUCUUUCAUCUGUUGGUGGAUCUGGUCCGAAGCGAGCAUGGCUCCACCGAAGUUCAACAUGCUCUAAGCAACAUUUUCCAGGCAUGUAUAGGCCCAAUAAUAAUGCAAUAAGUUCAUUAUGCUACAUAAUCUUGCAUUUUCUUUUAUCUGCCAUUAUCACAAUU